AUGGAUAAGUAUAUGAUUAUAUCGCCGAUCGGCGAAGGAUCUUUUGCAAAAGUUUAUCGUGCUCGAGAAAAAUUCACUGGCCGAGAUGUUGCACUGAAGUUUAUAUCGAAAUUAGGAAAAAGCGAAAAAGAUUUGAAUUUCUUACGGCAAGAAAUUGAGAUUUUGCGAAGAAUGAAACAUGAAAACAUCGUCGAAAUGAUCAAUAGUUUUGAAACAAACAAUGAAAUUGUCGUUGUGACGGAACGUGGUUUAGCUGAUCUGUUUCAAUUAUUAGAAGACGAUGUCAGCUUACCUGAAGAGACGGUACAAAAGAUUGCUUGUCAAUUGGUAUCUGCUCUCUACUAUUUGCAUUCGCAUCGAAUUUUACAUCGAGAUAUGAAACCACAAAAUAUUCUCAUCUUUCCGGCAGGAAAGGUUAAACUAUGCGAUUUUGGUUUUGCUCGAAAUAUGACAAUGGAUACCAUGGUACUAACAUCGAUUAAAGGAACACCGCUGUACAUGUGUCCUGAACUGGUAGAUGAAAAACCGUACGAUCAUUCAGCAGAUCUAUGGGCGCUUGGCUGUAUUUUGUAUGAAGUUUAUCAUGGUAAACCUCCGUUUUUUACCAACAAUGUGUUUCAUUUGAUCAAAAUGAUUGGCAAAGAAUCUGUUAAAUGGCCAAAGACAAUCAGUCCCGAUAUGCGUAGUUUUCUCGAAGGUCUCCUUACGAAAGAUUCGACACAACGUUUAACAUGGCCUGAUCUUUUACAACAUCCAUUUGUUCGAACGGGAGUAAAAGUUCCAACAUUAACUGAAUCAAUUAUUGGACCAUUGACGCAACCGCCAACGGAAGAACAGCGAAUUUUAAAACAACAGCAGAUUAAAGCUAAAGGUGUUUCGCGUGGACCUUCGAAACUUCUUUCGAAAUUCAUGCCAGAAGAACAUCGAAAACAAGAAGCACAGAAAUCACCUGGAAAUAAAGAUAAAACUCCAAAGAAGACAAAAGCUAAUACGCCGCAGAAACCUGAAGUUCAGCCACAUGCUCCUGCUCCACAAAUUCAACCGCCUCCACCGCCCUCGCAGCCACCUGUGCUUGCUACUGAGCCAGUUGUUAAUAAAUCAGCUCUCAUCGCAGACUCUCUGACUAGUCAAGAGGAUAAAUUCGUUUCUGCACGUGAGAAUCCUCAAACAGCACGCUCAGUUGAAGAACAAGAAAUCGAGCAGUAUGCUGAACAAAUCGAAUCGAUGUCCAAUGAACGAAUAAUGACUUUACUUCAACAUCCACCAUUCGUUAAACUAUUCCAAACAGUUCCAACAACGAUCUUAGGCAAAUUACUAGAAUGUACCCUCAAUGGCGCCUCGUUCUAUCGUAAUACAAUGAAGAUUAUUCGUUUUACAUUACAAGCGGAAAUCGAUCCUCAUCUGGCAAUCUCGUUCAUGAAUACAAUUCAUACACCAGAUCUGCCAUUGAAACAUUUAAAAGCAAUUUUAGAACAUCCGAUGAUCCGAAAAGAACCUUGGUUUGCUCAUGUUCUCUACGACAUUCUGAUCAUCUUACGUCUUUGGUUCGAACUGAUAACUGCAUAUACACUUCAACAAUUAGAUGAGGAUCAAUGUCAAUUCUAUCUGGACAUGUCACAUGAAUUUCUUGAACAAGUAGCGGCAGUAUUGACCGUUGCAUCCUCGUUAGAUCUCACGAUUUGCUGCGAAGCAUUAAUGAUUGUAAUUAUUCUUUGCGAAUCGUACGAAGACGCAUCUCCUGUACUUUGUCAAGCAUGGUACGAUCCAAUCCGGUUAGAUAAAUGUCAAAUCUGGCCAGCUAUUGCCCAACUGAUAACGAUGACUUUCAAAGCAGAAAGUUCAAAUGCAGAAAUUCAUAGUGAAACUAUUAUGUAUACUGUCGCUACGAUUGCUGCUUUAACUUAUCCUUCACAAUGUUUACCAGAUGAAUUACUCGAAGCAAAAAUAAAAGUGGCUAAUUCAUUUGCAUUGAAAUUACUCGACUCCAACUAUGUUCCAUUUCGUGACGCAUGGCUCGGCCAAUUUCACACUCCGAAAUGCAGUUCGAACAUUCUCAAAGCACUCUAUGGAAUGUGUUUAUCAACUUCACGCUUUAGUGCGUUUAUAUUCGAUAGUUCGUUCGUGUCCAAUGAACUAAUUGCUUUCCUUGCUGGUCAAAUUACAAUGGAAGAGUCGGACGUCGAUGAGGCGAUUGAGUUGUCAAUUCACAUUAGCACUGUUCUGAUCAAACAAAUCAUAUUACAAUACGAUAAUAACACGCGAAUUGAUUUACGAAAUCCACCGUUAAUCAAAGAAGAUCGUAAAUUAGAAAAACUUCAACCAAUCACUACCCGUAUUGCACAGUUAGCACUAACAAGCCAAGUGUUACCACAACGUGCUGCAUGUGCUCUACAUCUUGUUCACGCGAUUCUAUGUGGCAUGAAAUUUGCGUUGAACUUCGAAGAAUAUAUCGAUGGCCUUUCCGCUGUCUUCGUUCAAUCCGAAUGCGAUUUUAUUGUUCGAUUUCCAUUUCAACAUGGUUUACUCGAUGGAUUAAUCAUGUUAGUGUUUCACAUCGUACAAAUGGAUCCACAAAAAGCAGUCGGAUCGUUGAUUGAUAGUGGUUUGUUUCAUAUCUUAUGGCAACAAGUUCGCGCAGCUUUUCAUUCGUUACAUCGAAAUGAAACUGAUGAAGAAAUAGCGAUGGUUAUAACACCCGACUGGAUUGUUAUUUCACGUGACGGUAUUCAUCAACUACUUCAACUAACAUUGGAAUUAUUUCUUCAACGAAUGCAUAAAUGUUUAAGUUUACUUAUCCAACCGGACAGUGUGAUCUUCGAAUCGUUGAGUAUGAUGCUAAGCAAGGAAUUGAUUGAACAAUUGGACAUUAAAUCGUCAAAUUCAUUAACAACAGAAGUCGUAACAUUGAUAUGCAAUAUCUUCAUGUUCCCGUUUUCCAUUGAAACGAGUGAAACAUUUCUCGAACGGACAUUGGAACUAUGUCAUCGUUAUGAUAUUAUUCAGAAACUUCUUUGGGUAACCAUGACACAUUUACCAACGGAUCGUGUCGAAGUACCCAUCGGUCUUGUAGCACAAUUAAGUUAUUAUCAAGAAACUGCUCGAAAAGCCAUCAGUCAAAUGCUUAUGGAAGAUGUUCAGUUAUGUCAAUUCUAUGCCAAUGUUCUCUAUGGAAGCAACGAAAGUGAAUUUAUCCUUUGCGAUACGUUCUUCACCUUUACGAAUUUAAUCAAAGCGACAGAAAGUGUUGUACCAUCGUUAAGCGAUAUUCUCAGUGGACCGCAAAAUGACUUUGAUGUUCUGAAACGAGCUUUAUCGGGAAGUAAUUUAACGAAAGCGAAAUGUUGUUUUCUCAUGGGUCAUAUGACGAAAUCGUCUCGAACAUUUUGUACCGUUCUCAAAGCUCAUCCAGAUGUUCUCGAUCUUCUACGACAAUGUUGUUUCGAAGAAGAUUCUCAUGUUCGAAAAAUGGCAUUCUUUGUUCUGGGAAAUUUUAUUUCCACGAACGAAAUUCUAUAUGAAUACGUCGACGAAUUAGCUCCAUUUCUUGUACAAGCGUUAAAUGACACCAUAUCAAAAAUACGAUCCCAUGCUGUCAAUACACUUGGAUUCUUGGCACGUUACCGUUUAUCGGAUCGUUUAAUCGAAUUAAAAGUCGCGGAAAAGCUACUGGAUGUUGCUUGUCAUGAUACUCAUGUUACUGUUCAAGAAUUUGCUCUUCGCGUCCUGAAACAAAUGCUCAAACACGAACGAGCAAAGCAGAUACUACAAGACUGUAAUGCCGUUGAUAAACUAUCAAAUCUACUUUCGAAUUUAUGUGCCCAAAUCGAGAAUACUCAAUAUAGCGAAGUCGAUGGUUUAGUCGAUGAAUGCGACGAUCUGCUGAACAUGUUAAUUGAACCGUGCACGACUUGA